CCACUACUCCGGUCACAGUCAAUCAUGUCAGACACCACUGCCGCCAGCACGGCUGCGAAGCAAGAGGAGCCCUCGAUCGCACCUCAGACCGCGGAUAUUCCCGCUGAAUCAGCCCAAGUCGGCGGAGCUGUCCCCGAGAAGGACCACGAAUCUGCCGCUGCUGCUGCUGCUGAGGAAGAGGCGGACGACAUGCCACCCCGCCAACGCCUCGACGAAGCCGACCGUCUCAUGGCCCUCAAACAAUGGGAGGUUGCAGCCGACCAAUACGCUCAAGUCCUCGACGGGCUGCGCGAAGAGUUCCCCGACGAGCACUCCCCUCAACUCGCACCCAUCCUCCACCGCUAUGGGCGCAGCCUGCUCGAACACGCCAUCGCCACGUCUGGAGCCUUGGGCGGCGGAGGAGGAGGCGCUGGCCAAGCAGAAGCGCCCAUGCCUGUCAACAAGGCAAAGGCAAAGUCAGGAGGAGGAGAGGCGUCUUCGAGCAAACCGGCUGAUCCCAGGUUCAGCUUCUCUGGAGAUGCGGAUGACGACGACGAGGAGGAGGAAGAAGGGGAUGCCCAACCUCAGGAAGAGGAGGAGGACGACCUCAGCGUCGCAUUCGCUGUCUUGGACCUAGCGCGCAUCAUUUACCAGAAGCUCCUCGACGCCGACACCGCCAGCGACCUCACUACAAUCCAAGACCAAAUCUGGGCGCCUGUCCGCGUCAAGAACGAACUAGCAGAAGUGCUCAACGACCUGGGCGACGUCGGUCUCGAGUCAGAGAACUUCCAGCAAGCCUCAGCGGACUACGAGGCCUCACUCCAGCUUCUCUCGCCGCUCUUGCAUCCACAUUCCCGCCGGCUGGCGGACGCCUAUUUGCGAUUGGGCCUGGCUCUAGAGUUCCACCCAGAGCAGGAGCGACAGGCCGAAGCGGGCAAGUACGUGCAGAGUGCAGCGAAUACUCUUCGAACGAGAUUGGAGGCGCUCAAAAGCAGAAGGACGAUCGUUCAGCGGGGCUCGAGUGAGGAGGCGCGCAAGCAGGCGGCGGCAGCGCAGCUCAGGGAGGAGAAGGCGAGAGAGGAGAGUGUGGCCGCUGCGGCUGACGAGGGUAGGGAGGCAGCCGAAGCUGCCGCUGAAGGUAGUGCGGGCAAGGGCAAGGGUAAGGCAAUUGCAGCCAUUCCCAUCGAACGAGACGAUGUAGCAGAGAUGGACGAGCCGCGCGUUGAACGUGAGCUCAAGGACGUAGAGGAGAUGAUUACUGACUUGGAGGCCAAGCUAGCAGACGAUGGCGCCAAUGCAGCCAACGCAAAUGCGAAUGGCGCUGGCAGCUCCUCGUCAUCAAGCGGCGCUCCUCUACCGGACGCGGCGAAGCAGGCACUGCAGCAAGCUAUCAACGAGGCCUUCCUAGGCGCAUCGACUAAUGCGCUUCAUCAGCCUCAUGUUGCUGAUGGGCCCGUGAAUGAUUUGAGUGGGAUGGUGAGAAAGAAGAAGAGGCCGGUAGAAGGGGCCGAGGAGGGUAAAGGCAAGGGCAAGGAGAGCGACAUUGGUGAAGGGUCUGGAAGCGGUAGCAAGAAGGCAAAGGUAGAGGAUGAAGGGAACGAUUCGUGAGACUUCCAGACACGUCACCCUCACGCGACAUCAUUGCCCCUUGGGAAUGACGAUCUUGUACUGCACCAAUCAAAACCAGUUCAGGCAAACGCUGAUUCCAAUGACGUCGAUUGGGUGAGGAGAGGAGGAUGACGAAGGAAGGUAGAGAACAACAG